CUGAUAGAUUGAAGUUUCUGAAGUGUCGAGCAUGUGGUGAAGUUCCUCAGAAACUUUAGACAGUGAUUUAUUAAGAAAUAAAGUUUGAAUUGCAAUAUUUUCAAUCGGAAUAGGUUUCUGAGCACCUGUGGACGUUUAUCAGCAGUUAUCCAAGAUGUCAGUGGUGUCCACACGCUCCGCCAGCCUCUCCUCCAUCCUCACGACCUCCGGCCACCGAGCGAAGCAGCGCCAGAAGUGGUCCAAGGUCAUCUUCGUGCCCCCCAAGGACCUCAAGAAGAUCCUCCUGAAUUACGAGACUGGGGCCGAUAGGAAGAGCUACGAUGGACUCAUUUGUAUGCUCAGGGAUGCUGAAAUCGGGGACGACGAUCUGAUGGAUCUUCUCAGUGAGAUCCGGCAGUGCAUCUCCUUCUUGGGACCCAAUCACAAGCUCCUGGUGGAGGUCAUCCUCAAUGUCUCGUGGACCACGAGGUGCGAGGAGGCUGCUGACGCUUACAAGGCGUUCCUGGAGGAUCUUGUUUGCGUUCACAUUUACCAUUGCAAAGUUGUCAUUGAGAAGCUGGUGAACGAGUUCAAACCGCUGGAGCAUUCGCCCACCUCUCGCCAGCCCCCCGACCCCUGGGAGGAGGGUGUGCCCUCCCCAGAGGACCUCGUCCGCCUCACGCACGUCCACGACGUGAUCUCCAAGCUCCUGAAAAUCGUCCCCAUGUCCUCGAACCUCCUCCUGCAGUCCCUCACCACGAAGUUCCCCUUCUUCAAGGCCCCCACCCACGCCCACGAGGUCUACAUCCACUCCCUCCUCCAGAUAAUCUCCUACGCCCCGGACUUGCGAGGGGAAAUCCUCUCCCUGGUCAUCAACAGACUCCUCAUCAUCGACGUCAACGCCCCCCGUUCGGAGAUUGAGGAUUUCAACGACCAGAACGACGAGGACGAGGAUGUCUUCAAGAUCGACGAGGCUGACGGCCUCCAGAAGCCCCGAGAGGAGAAGGUCCACCCCAUUGGGCACACCCUCGACGUCUGCAUGGGGAUGAUUCUGCGAUUCGUGAAGGACACCUGCUAUCCUGGGGGUGUUCUGGACCCCGAAGGGGUGAAGGGACUCUACUUCCACCUGCUGGACGUCUUCGAGAAGAAUAUCCUGCCCACUUAUGCCAGCCAUCACGUACAGUUCGUCUACUUCUACCUGUGCAGCUUCAAGGGCUCCAUUGUGGAGGCCUUCGUCAAUUGGCUCUGGGGCAGGGUCAGCAAUCCCAAUGUUGCUCCGGUGCUGAGGCAGUCUGCUGUCUGCUAUCUGGCGAGCCUGGUGGCUAGGGGGAGCUUCGUACCUAUCAGCCUCAUCACGAGGGUCAUCCAGGAGAUGUCCACGUGGAUCCAUAGUUACAUAGCAGCUCAAGACAGUCUGGAAUGUGCCAACAGUGAUAUUAGGAUCCACACGGUUUUCUACUCAAUCUGUCAGGCAUUGUUCUAUGUCAUUGCCUUUAGGCAUAAGGACCUUGUUGAUGCUAAAAAGAAUUUACUCUUCCUUCAAAGUUUGAACCUCACAAAAAUGGUGACAUGCAAGUUGAAUCCCCUCAGGAUGUGUGUCCCAGUGGUUGUUCAGCACUUUGCAGCUGUGACGAGGACCUACCAGCUGGCUUAUUGUUACACAGUGAUGGAGCACAACGCCAGGACGAAUCUUCCAGUCGUAGAGACCUCGAAUCGUCUCACCUCCUGGCUGGACACGUUCUUCCCUUUUGACCCGUACAUCCUCCCCAAGAGCUCCUCCAUGAUCAGUCCGAUCUACCUGCAGUACCGGGGUACCGUCAAUCCAGAAGUUGAGGAGGAGAAGCAGGAGACACAGGAGGAGGAGAACGACGAUGACGACUUCAUGGAUGUCUCGUUCCCCCACAGUGAUACCAAGAAUCACCUGGACAAAUUUUCGUACAGCACUUCCCCAGGAUUCAUUCACACCUGAAGAGCUGGAGACUAGGAAGCAAUUGGUUCGAUCGAUCUCGUGAGGAAAUUAAUCAUUAGAAUUCACGUUUUCUUCGAUAACUCGAGGACCUGAAGAGGUAGGGGGAUGAGAAUUGUCUCAUUGGAUAGCUGGGGAAAUUUACGGUUGAUAAAUCAUCGUGAUGAGAUACUUUCAGUGAGUACCUGGGGUGAUACAACGAAGCGAUGAUUUUGGGGGUGAAAAGGUUUUUUGGUGAUAACUGGAGAUGUUGGAGAGGUGAGGGGAUCGUCAGGAUGAGUUGUCCAGCGGAAAUUUUACGGGCUAUCGAGGGAGACUGGUUUGAAGGUCCUAGGACUUUGGGUCAUCCAGGUGUGGAAGAUGAUGACGUGAUGAGGGAAUUGGUGGAGACUUUGAUCAAAUGGAUUCAUUGAUUUGGGAGGUUUUUGGGGGAUGUCUCGAGAUUCUGGAGACGUGGAGGGAUGAGGAUGCUUGUAUGUAGUGAGCACAGUUUGAAGUUUCUAAAAGAGUGAAAUUAAUCGUUUUUGUUUGUUCUAUCUACUGGAUUAUCCUCCAGUAAUGAUUAUAAUGAUGAAUAAUGUUCGAGUAAUUAUCUUCGAUGCUUGCGAGUGCAAUUAAUACCGAGUAUUGCAUAUUUAUUACAGAUACAUGACUGUAGACAAAUUAUUAUUGACCAUAAUAAAUAAAUUUUCUUUCCAUUAAU